UUGUUGUACUUUGUGUCAUUAGCCAGCGUCGUGCGCGACCAGAUGAGGUGUCAGUGCACCCGGACAGACCUUAAUUAAUGAAGAUUUUAAUGAGCAGAGUUGUGGAAUCUCUUGUGUAACUGGUGAGAAGUGAUCGGGGUGAGAAGAGCGGUAGACCAUGGCAGAGGUGACGUGUUCCUCCCUGGGUGAGGAGGAAGGAUGGUAUCUUAAUGAAGAGGGAUUGGAAGCUUGUAGAAGUUCAUCCGGUAAAGUGCAUAAAGGUGCUAUUAUCCUUGUUGCUCUCAAUACAGAUCUUAGAACAAUUGGAAAGAAAUUUCUCCCUAGCGACAUCAACGGAGGAAAAGUAGAGAAGAUAGAUGGCCCGUGUGUUUUACAAAUUCAGAAAAUCCGCAAUGUGUCUGCACCAAAAGACAAUGAAGAGUCUCAGGCAGCACCCAGAAUGCUUCGAUUACAGAUGACUGAUGGCCAUACAGUCUGCACAGCCAUAGAGUUUAAUUACCUGUCAAAAGUCAGCCUGAACACUCCACCUGGCACCAAAGUAAAGCUAUUAGGAACUGUUGAAGUGAAAAAUGGAUGUUUGCUCCUGGAUGACACCAACACUGUUGUUCUUGGAGGUGAAGUGGAACCGCUCAUUGAGAAGUGGGAGCUACAGAGGAGCUUAUCUAAGCACAGUCGAAGCAAUAUUGGAACAGAGGGAGGACCUCCACCAUUUGUGCCUUUUGGGCAGCAUCGUGUGUCUGCUACUAUAGUGGAUAGCAAAGAACUUGAUAGCCGCAAAACGCUGCAAGCUUCCAAUGUUGCCAAAACUGUGGGGGAGAAUGAUGAGUUUGAGAAACAAAGGACAGCUGCUAUUGCUGAAGUAGCAAAAAGCAAAGAGACCAAGACGUUUGGAGGAGGUGGUAUUGCUGGAAGCAAUCUCAAUACAGGUUCUGGGGGGAGUCGUAACAGGGAAGUGUUCCAGAAAGAGAAGAUAAUCAGAAGUGAAGGCAGAUCAGAAGGCGUGUAUCGUGAGCUGGUUGAUGAAAAGGCACUGAGGCACAUCACAGAGAUGGGCUUUAGCAAAGAGGCAGCCAGACAAGCACUUAUGGACUACAGCAACAAUAUGGAGGCGGCUCUAAACUUCCUUUUAGCUGGCAGCAAGCCUAAUCCUGUUCAAGUGCUCCCAACACGAGGUAAAGGUAAAGGUCGAGGGAGAACACGGAUAGAAGAGAAUGAUGAACUGACAAGUGCUAGACCUUCUCGUCCUAGCACUCUCUUUGACUUUCUAGAAUCCAAAAUGGGAACUUUUUCUAUUGAAGAUACCAAACCUCUUGUUCAACGUCAGAGCCAAGGACAAAACAGAGUUCAAAAUGUUGAGCAAAAUGGAGUGAAGGAUUAUAGCCAACCUCGACAGUUUGUGCGGAAUGAUCCCAGAGCUCCACGAAGUGAGAAACCGCCUCGAUUUCAGAAGGAAAAUCAUACAUCAAGGCAGUUUGAAGGUAAUGGGCCCCUGAGAAAUCGAGCUGUAGAAAAAUACAGUUCUCCUGGACCAGACGCGUGGGCAGAAGACAGGAAUAAGAAUGAAAAAGGAUUUUCAAGAAAUGAAAGAUUAAAAGAUUUUUCACAGCCUCCCUCUAGUUACCAAAAUGAUAGUACUUUUAAAAAAAGAGAUAAUACUAUGCAAAGUAGGACCAUAAAGGGUCCCAACAACCUUGAAACUAAAGAUGAUGCCAGCACCUACAGUAAUAAUAGUAACACAGAGUCUUUGCAACAGAAACGGGGUAGAAGAGAAGACCAAAGACCAAAUUAUGAGUUCUAUAUGGACAGGAGACCUCGGACAACUAACAGUGAUAAUUUCAAUAGUUUACCAAAUGAGAAAAGUUAUAGCGCCAACAUGGAAUCCUCUAAUUAUCUUUCAACUUUAGCAAAAGAUGUUGCUAAUGAUUUACUAAAUGGAGAGCUGGAGCAAAAGGGUCGAAGAGCUGGACCUAUAAAACCAAUAGGGUCAAAUCUGAGCUCUGCAAAUGAUGAAAGAAAUAAGAUGUUUUCAAACAGUUCUAAAAAAAGAUCUGGUCCUAUAAAGCCAGAGAGAAUACUGGAACCUACCUACCCAGCAUUUACCUGGAGACCAGGAGAUGAGUGCUUAGCUCUUUACUGGGAAGACAACAAGUAUUACAGAGCUGAAAUAGAAGCACUACACUCUUCAGGAACAACAGCAGUGGUCAAAUUUUGCGAUUAUGGGAAUUAUGAAGAAGUACUAUUGGUCAACAUCAAACCUAUACAGGCAGAAGCAUGGGAAGAAGAGGGAGAAUAUGGAGACUCGCUAGAUUUCCGCAGAGGAGGUGAUGGCCAGCCCAGAAGAUCUACAAGACCCACUCAGCAAUUUUAUCAGCCGCCCAGGGCACGGAACUGACUGUUAAGAUCUGCCAUGAAUUUCUGUAAGAUGAAAGGAACGCUGCAGCGGUUUUCACAAAAGUGGUUUAUUUUUCUAAAGAAUUGCCUUGCACUGUGGUAUGGAUGGAUAUAGUGAGCAAGCCUAAACUGUUCAAGCUCUGGAGAUGGGAUUAACUACAGAUGUGUCAGCAUUCAGCUACUAACACAAUCAUUUAUAAAGGAAUGAAACAUUUAU